CGACCAGCAUCAUCUACCCCAAAGACAAACCCGCUUUGAUGUUACUGUGCCUUACAAUCUCAUCCCUAACAAGCCGCUCUACUGUUUUAUUGAUUUCUGUGAUAUUUUCGCUGAAAUGUUUUACUACCCACCAGUUUUGAUCCGUAACACGGGAUGUUUUUCUACAAUAUGGCUGGUUGCUACCAAUGGCUAUAGAGUUACUCGCCGUGACUUCCUGAAAGUCAACGUCAUAAGAACCUGCGAUGACCUCAUGAACUUCGUGCUGGAGCGAGUCCCACCAUCUCUGCCUGAUCUGCCCCGACCUCGCUUCUCCCUCUAUCUUUCCUCCCAGCUGCAGUAUGGCGUCGUCCGUGUUUACCACCGACAGUGUGCAAUCCUCCUGGAAGAACUUCAGGACGUUGUGGGCCGGCUGGCAAAACAGAGGACAAAGAAAAUGGAUAUAGAUGACCACAGCAGACUCGCUCUGGACUUGCCUGAUGCCCUGUCUCACCUGGAAGAGUCAGAAGGAGCUCCAGACCCUUUAUUUGGAGUGAUGUACAUGCGGGAUGCAAUGCCCAGUCCCAACACACUGAUACAGAUGGGUCGGGAGUUUCUGAGAGAAACCUCUCCUGAGCAUGCUGAACGGGUCAGUCCUGCUUCUGCUGCAGCUUCAGACAUUGGCAUAACUGCAUCUCCAGAAAACAUCACUCUGAGAGAGACAGAGCCAGCUGCUAUGCCUAUCACAGAGUAUGAAGGUGUGGACCUCCUUGAGCAGCAUCCAGCCACUAUUGACCUCCUCUUGGAUCAAAUGGACAACUUUCUGGAAGGAGAUUUGGAGCUAUCGAGAGAGGCAGUGACCCUAGGGGAGCAAGAGAGGGAGAUGGAAAGAGCUGAAAGAGAGGGAGACCUGGAGAGAGAGGGAACGAAAGAGCCCACAGGAUCCACUAUUGAAUUACAACCCACUACUACUCUUUCUGGUGAGGAUGCGAUGUUUUUGCCCCAAGAGGAGUCUGGACCCCCCGCAGACCAGAUCACCCCCAUCUCUGUGCCCCCGGUGCCUUCCCCAGAGCCACCAACAAGGGGACGUGAGAGACAAAGUCCGGUCUUAGAGGAUGUUCCUCCUGCCACGGUGAGGAAGGGGACGAAGAGGAAGAAGAGGCAGCUUAUCUUCAUUGACCCUGAGACACAGAUCUUACAGGAGGUGUUGGAGGAACAGAUCAAAAACCUUCAAACUGAGACCAGGAAACUAAGUUACCCAUUGCUCCCUCAUCAAAGGAUGAUCCCUGCUGCUGAGCUCCUCAACAGGCCCUGCACCCUCUUGCCUGCAGAGGUGCAGUUUCUAUGGAAACGAGCAGCGACUGUCACGUCUCUCUCUGGCUCGGACCUGCAGGUCGGGGAGAGAGGUCCUGAGUCCACCGACUCUGAGAGGGAAAGACAGGGAGAGGCACCUGAGGCGGCUGAAAUUGAGGAAGGCAGAUUCAAACUCAGCCCGAUGGAAGUCCCCAGAGAUGUGGCAGAGGCAGAGAUGUUUGAUUUCUCAGCCCAUGGAUCACUGCCACUGGAGGUCUCUGAUCAAAGGGAAAUGUCUCGAGAAGCUUCCCCCAUGCACACCUCUGACAGAGAAGAGACCCCUAUCUCUAGAUCUGUCCCUACACUACAAGACAUCCCAGAGGUGCCUGAUGAAAUGCUGGCCGCAGAGCCCCUUGGGUUACUGCCGGAGGAGUUGACCGAGGACGAAGAUGCACCCCAGCUUUUUCAGUCUCUUCUGGCGCCAAAUGUCGGCCGUCGAACUGUCAGCAACAUUUUCCAGAGGCUCCUGGAAACUUUAUCCACCGGGAAAUUUUGUGUGGAGCAGAAUGAGCCUUAUGGUGACAUAUGGAUUCUGCCUGGACCCAACUACAAAGAAGCAGUCCUGACUGUGACACGAUUACAGUCCCUGUCUCCUGACUUUUAAAAGCACACAUCAGAGUUCAGUCUAAUAUUUUCUAAGUUUUCUGUGUUUAAUGAAAUGUUUUGCUACUCAUCAAUUCAUCAUUUUUGGGUCCUGUUGACGUGUUUGAAAUUGUUUAGGUCAUUUAACAUUUUACCACUAUAUCUGAUGUUUUAUGAAGUUUUUAUUCCAGAAGCGCUGCGUUAUAUCAUUGGUCCAUUUUUCCACUAUGACCAACAGAUUUAGCAAUUUUAUGAGAUUUCAGAUUGUUCACUGUUUUGUUGAGAUGUUUUUAUGUAUUUUUAAAGCCUUGUGUUAUUCUGCACUGAACAAAAAUGUACCUCUCAGUUCCAGCUACAAGUCCCUUUGAACAUGAACUCCAAAAUAAAAGUUUUAUAAGAC